GCGAAAAAACAGAAAGAGCACAUCGGAGUUGCGAACAGCCGAACACCGAAAGAGUGAAAGUCGAGAUCGAUGUGCAGCCAAAUCAAACGCCGGUAUCUUCACAUGGGAACUCAGGUAGUGGGGGAACGACAGCGCCGAAAGACGGAAGAGAAAAUCAGAAGACUAAUCGCAAACGAAGAUCGUAAUCAUCUGAACCGGCUGGUAUCGGUCUCUUCAAAAAGUUACAUCAAUUUUCUAUCUGAAUGGGAACCUCUAAGACUAUUUCUUCCUGAUCGAGGGUUUCCUUAUACUCCAUCCUGGUGAUCACCAGAAACUACUAUACAGACAUUUCAAUUAUAUUUUGUAUAUUAAUUGGAUUUUGUUCAAAGCCCAUUUGAAUCUUUGAACUCUAUUUACCUGGAAAGAUGAAAUUUAGCAGCUUUCGGGCUUCUUCUUGAUCAUCUACUCAAGCUAUAAUCGGGCAAUUUGUGAGCUACAUUUCUAGCAAGACCAGCUUUUGUCUGGUCAAUGGUGCUAGAUUUAUUGUUUUACGUUUACUAAUUGGCUCCCGCUUGCCCUUUUACUCUGCAAACUUGAAGGCUAGCUUAAAUGCUGCGAUUGUAUAGAUACCCGGAAUCCUUUUUCUACAUACAUGAUAGUUUUCGGAGCUCUGGGGCACUUAGUCAGCUAUUGAGAUUUUCUGCUUUUUGCGGAUACCUACUAUCAAAUCAAUCUGCUCAUCUUUUGUUACUGCAAUUCCCAAAGAGUUGAUCUUUAUCCAUAUAUCUCUGUUGGGUCUGCAUCAUGUGUUUGGGGCUGAAGGUUUUGCAGUUCCAGAUUGCUUUAGCUACUCCACCACAACCCCCUGGUUACACAAUUACAGUCCCCCCCACCCCCCACCCCCCAAAAAAAAAAAAGCCAAACACAAUGAUGCAUCGCCCUGAGAAAAGACCAACACCACCUCCAUUUUCUUCUUAUGUUGCCACGAGGUUUUCACAACAAAGAUCACAACAAGAUCAGCUCCCUUCUCCCUCAAUCCCAACCCUGCCAUCAUUAACUGAUGGAACCCAAACUGGAAAUUCAUUUCCUUGGUUUAGCACUCCUGGUCCCCCUGUUUUCUCAUCACCACUUUGCCCUGCAGCUUUGCCAUUCUGGACUUUUCCUGCCUCUCCUUGGUAAGUUGCAUUUCCUACUGGUUGAUCUCUGCUAACGUCUUCUCCUCCGUCCUCAAAUGGGUCAGUUGAGUUGCAGUCACGGGAUUCCAAUGGUACAGAGGAUUCUAUGCUUGCCAGGGAAGUCACCAUAUGUUCUAUUUUCUGCACAGAAGGGGGAAGCUCUCAGGCUCAAUACUAUGUUUCUUUGCUAACUCUGGCUCAUAAGGAUCCCUCUUAUAAACAGGAGGAGGAGAAUGGCGGGGAAAAGAAGAGGAGGAGGAGGAGGAGAGAAGGAGGAGAAGAAAAACAGGAAGCAGUUCGGCUGAAGUCCGUCGCGGAGGAGAAAUACAAACUGUCGAAGCUGAAAUCUUCCCUAAAGAACGCCAAGAAAGCGCAGCGCCUCCAUCCCCAUCUUCGCGGCAUCUCCGAAUUGGUCACCGCCUUGGACAUCAUCCGCAUCGCAUCGAGUCCCUCUUCAUUCAAGGAUUCCACCAACCACAUCUCUGCUCUUCCCGACUGGUACAAGAUCCUGCAAGUAGAGCCCUUCUCCCACAUUAACUCCAUCAAGAAACAGUACAAGAAGCUUGCCCUCCUUUUACACCCAGACAAGAACACUUCCGUUGCCUCCGAGGAUGCCUUCAAGCGCGUCGGUGAAGCCUUCCAAGUUAUUUCCGAUAAGAUCCGCCGCAAAGAAUAUGACCUCAAGCUCCGUAUCGCUUUACAGUACCAGGCUACGGCACCAUCCACCUCCUCCUCCGUCGACACAUUUUGGACGGCCUGUACGACUUGUCGUUUGUUCCAUCAAUUCGAAAGACGCUACAUUGGUCACCGUCUCAUGUGCCCUAGCUGUAGGAAGAGCUUCUUAGCUGUCCAAGUUCCGUUUGGUGAGCCGGAAGACGAUGAAGCUGCUGCGGUUAGGGUUAGAGCUUCUAGUGCUAGGGUUCCUUCCUCGAAGAACAAGGAGGAGACGGGGGAGGAGGAAAACAUAAGAACGUAUGUGCGAAGAAAACAUUUGAGAGAUGUGAAUCUGAAGCGGAAGAUGGAUUCUACUGAUUCGUCACUGGAAGCAUCUGAUUCCAAGAGGUUAAAGUCCAUAGGUGAAAUGACCUUGGCAGAGAUGCAAUUGGAAUCAAAGAUGAAAGCCAAUUUGAAGAAGAUGAAAGCCAAGGAAAAGAUGAAGGACAUGGAUUACUCGGAAGGGAAGCAGAAGAAGAUGACAAGUGAGAGAUCAGUGGGUUCUGAGAAUGGUGGUCUUGAAAUUACUACGGUAGAAGGUUCAGAGAGUCAUGGUAUUCACAGGCAUAAGAUGGAGCUUAGGCCUAAGAAAGCUCAGGAUAAGAAGGAAAACGAGAGGCAAGACUCUUCAAAGACUAAGUAUUUGGUGGCAAAUUCGAAAAAGAUAAAGGAGAGAACGAGGGAGAAAGGUAACAAUGAGAAGGAGAAGCCAACGGAGAGACGACUGGUUUCAAAGAGUAAUGGUUUUGAAGUUUUGACAGAGAAUGAUUCUGAUUUCUAUGAUUUUGACAAGGAUAGGAUGGAUCAUUGUUUUAAGAAAGGACAGGUAUGGGCUGUUUACGAUGGUGAUGAUGAUGGCAUGCCUCGACAUUAUGGUUUGAUUGAUGAGGUCACCUCGGUGUAUCCUUUCCAGGUGAAGAUGAGUUGGUUAAACAUACUGAACAAUGGAGAUGCAGCUUCAAUCUGUUGGGAGAAUUCAGGUUUACAUAUCUCAUGUGGAAGGUUCAAGGUUGCUAGGAAGACUGCCUUUAAUUCAGUGAAUUUCUUUUCACAUCUGGUGGAGUGUGAAAGAGUGGCGAAGGAAGUUUACUGUAUCUACCCCAAAAAGGGUUCAGUCUGGGCUCUUUAUAAAGGAGAAUCAUUGAAUGGUGAUGAAAGUUUCCUGUCUCGUAGCAACAACCGUUGUUAUGACAUAGUUGUGUUCCUCACUAGUUACAGUGAGAUCCAUGGGUUGAGUAUGGCAUACCUUGAGAAGGUUGAAGGAUUCAAGACAAUCUUCAAGAGGCAAGAGGUUGGAUGUCAUGCUAUUAGAUGGCUUGAGAAAGAUAAUGUUUUAUUGUUUUCGCAUCAGAUUCCUGCAAGGAAGCUUUCAGGUAUUGAGGCCCCAGACCUACCAAAGGACUGCUGGGAGCUUGAUCCGGCUUCACUACCGCCAGAUUUGCUUUAUGUUGGUCUGGGGAGCUGACUGUUAAUUGCAGAAGCUUUGCUUUGUGGUGAUCUAACUAUGAUGGAUUCAUGGGGUUGAUAUGAAAAAAUGCUUCCAGAAAAUAGUCAGUUUGAUGAGAGACUUGCUUCACUGCAUUUUGGUAUAAUCACUUGUGCUAUUUUUUUUUCUUAUAAAUGUAUUCAUUUUGUGCUGGUUUUGGUUUACAUCUUUGGAUAACUCUGAUGACUUGAAAACACAUUUGUUGGCUCAUGUAGCUUGCUAGAUUUGUAUAAAUUGAACACACAUUUUUGAAGCACAUGCUCUACAUUUCAUCUUA